GAAGGCAUCACAUUUCCUGCCUGAUCACAGAAACGCACAGGUUCAGGCGGCGAAAUGUGGAACAGCAACACAACCGCUAGGACGACCGACAGCUAGCCUCCACACACUUGCACCCCGCCGUUAGAUAGUUGAAACUGUUCGCUCAUUUAGUCUCAUCAUGUCAGAGAUAUGGAUUUGACCGCGUUUGCUCAAAACUGCGCCACUGGCUGAGACUCUGCUGCCUGUAAGUAAACUAACCAGACACGCCGCGCGCCCCCUCCCUCCCUCCUUCCUUCCUUCCUUCCUUCUCCCCGGCCGCGUUCAGUUGCACACCUCCGGAGUCGGGUGUCUCAAUGGCGGACCCGGCUGAACCAGCCCCGGGAAGCGUGGACGAGGAGAAGACGGAGCGUAUCAACGACGCAGAGCUGGCUCUGGAAGGAAUCAAUAUGCUCCUCAACAAUGGCUUCAAGGAGAGCGACGAGCUCUUCAGAACAUACAGGAACCACAGUCCUUUGAUGAGUUUCGGGGCCAGUUUUGUGAGUUUUCUGAAUGCCAUGAUGACGUUUGAAGAGGAGAAAAUGCAGAUGGCCUUUGAGGAUCUCAAAGCUACAGAGAGACUGUGUGAGAGCGAAAACACUGGCGUCAUUGAGACCAUUAAAAACAAGAUCAAGAGGAGUACGGACUCUCAGAGGUCUGGGGUGACUGCAAUGGACCGACUCCAGAGGCAGAUCAUCAUUGCAGACUGCCAGGUUUACCUCGCAGUGCUGUCUUUCAUCAAACAAGAGCUGUCAGCGUACAUUAAAGGAGGCUGGAUCCUCCGGAAAGCCUGGAAGAUGUACAACAAAUGUUACAGCGACAUCACACACCUGCAGGAGGGCAGCAGGAGAAGGGCCUCAGAACAACGAGCGCUGCCGUCUCCGUCUCCGUCGUCCUCCUCUGAGGCGUCCGACCGCAGUCGCUCGUCCUCACCUGGGCCGAGCCCGUCCCAGAGACUCGACGGCAUCAGCCCGGAGGCUCUGGAUAGGCUGAAAGGUUCAGUGAGCUUCGGCUACGGCCUCUUCCACCUCUGCAUCUCGAUGGUGCCGCCGCACCUGCUGAAGAUCGUCAACCUGCUGGGCUUCCCGGGCGACCGCCUUCAAGGCCUGUCAGCGCUUACGUACGCCAGUGAAAGUAAGGACAUGAAGGCCCCCUUAGCUACCUUGGCCCUCUUGUGGUACCACACAGUAGUGCAGCCCUUCUUCGCUCUGGAUGGCACAGACACGCAGGCGGGCCUGACAGAAGCCAAGUCCAUUCUCCAGCAGAGGGAGGCUGCCUAUCCAAACUCUUCCCUCUUCAUGUUUUUCAAAGGCAGAGUCCAGCGCCUUGAGUGCCAGAUCAGUAGUGCCUUGACGUCCUUCAGUGAUGCCUUAGAUCUGGCCUCUGACCAGAGGGAGAUUCAGCACGUGUGUUUAUAUGAAAUAGGUUGGUGCAGCAUGAUCGAACUGAACUACAGAGAGGCCUACAGGGCCUUCGAGCGACUGAAGACCGAGUCUCGCUGGUCCCAGUGCUACUACGCCUAUUUAACUGGAGUUUGCCAAGGAGCCACAGGUGAUCUGGAGGGAGCCCGCGCUGUUUUCAAGGACGUUCAAAAACUUUUCAAACGCAAGAAUAAUCAGAUAGAGUUGUUCUCCAUGAAGAGGGCUGAGAAGCUACGGAGCCCCAGUCUGUCCAAAGAACUCUGCAUCCUGUCUGUGAUUGAGAUACUUUAUCUGUGGAAAGCUCUGCCCAACUGCUCCACUGCCAAGCUACAGACGAUGACACAAGUCCUGCAGGGGAUUGAUGAUGCCUCAUGCGCAGGCCUGAAAAACCUGCUUCUUGGUGCCAUAAACAACUGUCUUCAUAAUACCAAAGAUGCUAUUCAGUGUUUUCAUCUGGCUGUGAGGGAUGAGGUUGGUCGUGUGACUAACUCUUAUGUUCAGCCCUACUCCUGCUAUGAACUGGGCUGUGUGCUGCUCAACACCCCAGAGUCUGCAGGGAAGGGCCGUAUGCUAAUGCUUCAGGCAAAGGAGGACUAUGCUGGCUAUGACUUCGAGAACAGGCUCCAUGUUCGUAUUCAUUCAGCUCUCGCCUCUAUCAGGGCUGCAGCCCAGACUUGACCAGGAUUUAUUUGCACCUCAGAACUGGAAGAAACAUUUUUUUGAAAAAGCCACAAUACCACUCUGGGAACUUCUGUUCCACUGUUUUUGUUUGUUUUCAUUAAUUUAUUUUUAUUUUAUAUUUGGAGCCAAUGCGUAAUUUAAAAAUGUGUGCAAUAUAUUGUUUACAGUGGGUGUUUAUAGAAAAAUUGUUACAAGAGGUUUUACUUAUGUUACUGUACUUUACAAUACAUUUAAUGAAUUGGGUUCUUAUUGUUUACAUUGUUCAUUUCAAAACCAGAUGCCAGUUAAACCAGAUGGAAUUUGAUAAAUUAAAGGCAUCAUACUGCUUCCACAGAGGGUCAGUUUUUUCCUCUGAUCUGGAGAAAUGUCAGGUCAAUAAUGUAAUGGCACAUAUCAAAUAUUAACUGACAAAGCAAUUAAAACAAACGACUACUCAGCCUAUGUUUUUGAGAAGCUGAUAUUCUUACCAUCUCAGAGUUAGUGUUCACUUUGACCUUUGUGCUGUACAGGCUUUGCUACUCAUAGGCAGGACUAUUAAACAGUGAUUUGUUUUUAAGCAUAGCCCCCUUUUUAAGCACAGUUGUUCUUAUCAGUGUAAAUAUGUCUUGCACACAGGUUUUAAUAAUGUGCCAACAUCAUGUUGUGCCACUUUUGAGUGGCUUAAAUGCACAGUGGUACUAUUUGCUGUAAACUGGUUCAACUUUAUAUUCGUUUGUUUUAAGAUAAUAAAAUGAUUAUUGCCAAAUGGAA